AUGGUCGGUUUCCCCAAAACCCAAUCAGUGAAUCGUCGCGGAAAGAACAAGGCGUGGAAGGUGACCCGCUAUUACUGCCUCGGUGCUCUCACUUGUGACAACGAUUCCUGCAAGUGGGUUGGGUCUCCUCCAACAGGCGCUGGGAAAAUUCAAGAGAUCAUUGAGAAUGGAAUGGCUUGUGAGGGCCUUGCUGGGAAUUGCUUAGGCAAUGUGUCGUACACCCCGUGCAACGAUACAGUCUUCCGGGUCGACCAACACCAGAGCGGCUGGGGGCUUGUCAGGCAUCUGGGAACCCACAAUCAUCCCUGGCCUGAAGCGAAGAAACCCGAUCGGCUUUCUCAAGCGGAGUUUGCCAAAGAGGUCCAGAAGAACCCAAAAGCCGGCGCGUUCAAAUUAAAGAUUCAUCCGGCUUAUCAAAACAAGGAUCGCACCGCUUACUAUCGGCGAAAACUCAUGGUUGACAUGAACUUAACUCCGGACAAGCUUGGUGCCGGCGUGGGCGACAAAUUCAUCUUGGAUAUGUUCAACUGGAGCGAGGGCCUCUUGAUCAUUUCGGCCUCGUUCUUACCAAAAGCUCAACAUUUCACUUUUCAAACCCCUUGGUUGGCCGAACGUCUCUUAGCUCGCGACAAAGACAACAAGCUCUACAAUGGUGGAUUCCUAUCCGAUGUCACUUACAGGUUCUUCGAAAAUGGGUAUCUCUUAACGACUUCGAUGUAUUGCGAUGAGCUUGCCCGAUGGAUUCCAGUUCAACUAUCGUGGAUAUGCCACUUGAGUGAAGAAUAUUACAAAUUGCACUUCACCACCUUCUUCAAGCAAUUCUUCAAGCAAUCGAUCGAGCGUGAUGGCUUGGCAUGUCAGGUUGUUGACUUCUCUGCUGCACAAGCCAAUGGGUUUGUUCAAGCUUACAUGGAAGUCUUCCAUGAACCCGAUGAACAAGUCGCAAGGUCCAUCACACGAAUGAAGCGCAACCGAUCGGUAAUCAUGGCCCACAAGGAGGAGCCCUUUCGAAGCGCUUGCAUGGACUUAUUGAACCCUUCAACUGCCGAGGGGCCUUCCCAUGAGCAAAAAGUCGAUUUGAUCCGCCGUCAAUUCCCCAAGGUCAAAAAAUGGCUAGACUGGUGGACCACCGUGGAUGUUGAGGCAAUGCUUUUCCGAACCCGCAAGCCUUUACCUGAUGACUCGCCCGAUCCGCUGCCCAAGACAACCAAUGGUCAGGAGAGCAUGCAUCGGCUCUAUUACAUGAUCAAGUAA